AUGAAGGUGACGUGGCACAAGAACACUAAGAAACGACCUCGCGUUGUUCUAUCGAAUUUCUCGGAGGAGGCUCCGGAGACUCAAUCUCAGCGCCAGUUUCGAGAAGAUGACUUUGAGCGUCGAAAAGCUGCCGAUGGACUGGACUCCUCGGAGGUUGGAGGGAAUGAUUCGGGAAAUCUCGAGGCGAAGAGUCUCGCAGAGUCGUUUAGAGCUCAAGGAGACAAGCUCGCUGAGGAAGGAAAAUACAAGGAGGCUCUAGGGAAAUGGGAAGCUGCUCUCAAUCUUGUCCCUGAAAACGCAGUCCUGCAUGAACAGAAAGCACAAGUGUUACUUGAGCUUGGUGAUUCAUGGAAAGCACUCAAGGCUGCAUCACGAGCUACUGAGAUAGAUCCUUCUUGGGCUGAGGCUUGGACUACUCUUGGUAGAGCACAACUAAAUUUCGGCGAGCCUGACACUGCUAUCAAGAGUUUCGAAACUGCAUUAUCGAUCAAUGCGGAUUCGAGAGAAGUGAAAGACGAUUUACAAACUGCUAAACAACUGAUAAAGAAGAGAGAUUUACAGCUUCAAACAUCAGGAGAACAGGACACUGACACUAAACGUCGUUUUGUGGUCGGCGACAUAAACAUAGAGCCAAACUAA